AUGGUUUUUCAUCUCUAUCAUUGCAAUGAUAGCCCGAAUCCUUCUCCUCAACAACAACCUUCCAACCAAACCGAUCAUUAUAUCAAUAAUAUCCAUACACUUCAUAUGGCUUUGAUUGCCAUUGCUUGCUUUGUUACCAUGGUUAUGGUUCUUUUAACGUUUACGAUGUUCCUGAGGAGACAUAACCAUGAAGUUAACCGUGAUAGAAGAAACAUGCCUAUAUUGUUCGAUGUCCAUGGUUAUAGAGAUUCUCCUACUUCAGAUAAUGUUAACUAUGAUGAUGAUGAUGAUGAGAGGAUUCUCGAUCACCCCGUAUGGUUCAUUCGAACUAUAGGCCUUCAGCAAUCUGUGAUAGAUUCUAUUACAGUUUUGAAAUAUAGGAAAAACGAAGGAGUUGUUGAUGGGACAGAGUGUUCUGUUUGUCUCGGUGAGUUUCAAGAGAACGAGAGUCUCAGGAUUUUGCCUAAGUGUGGCCAUGCUUUUCAUAUUCGUUGUAUCGAUACUUGGCUUCGAUCGCACCAGAAUUGUCCAUUGUGUCGGGCGCCUGUGAUUGAUGCUGCGGCUGCAGAGGUGAGUGUUCCAGUUACUGUUACUGACAGUGAUCAGGUUGGUUCAAAUGUUUCUCCGGAGAGUCUGAACCAAGGAGAGAUACAAAAUUUUGAUAAUGUAGGAGAAUUUCAGGUUGUUAGAAUUGACAACGAUGAUGAUCGUGAUUCUGUUGGCGUAUCAUCUAGUGAAAGAUCGUAUAAAAAUAACACUGCUUAG